AUGCUACCUAGUUGCGGACCUGGGGACUGGGCGGGGUGGACUGCCGUCAGAAGCGUAAUACUGAAGAGGGCAGACAAGUCCGUGGGCAGCGAUGUCGUUGGAUCUGCCGAUACACGACUACAAACACGUUCUGCCAUUUCUCCGCAUCGUCGUCGUCGUCACCUAUGUAGCCGGUUCAGCCACAACCAAUUCGCUUGGGGUUGCAUCACAUCCCCAGUCUACCUCGGCGGCCUGAGUAAGAGUGUCCCCAGCACCUCCUCAGCGGGACCCCGCGUCGCCGAUCGUGCCCUCCGUUUGCCCGCUACUAUUAUUGGUACUUAUCAGGAUGGGAAGAAAUUUGCCAUUUCACCGCAGGCCUUGGCGGGGACCAGAUCGAGGCUCCGUCAAGGUACAAAACCAGGCCAGUACAAGUCUCCGUUUCCUCUGGCGAGGGAACAAACAGCUCAGCGAGUCGUGCAUCGCCAGCACUUGGCAGACAACAGAGAAGCCGACUUCUCAGAAGCCAUCAUCUUGUCAAGUGUCAACCGCCGACUGAGACAGUGGCGCAUGCUGAUCCCGGAUUUCACGGCACGGCAACCAAGGCAGGGGUUCCGCCGUCCGACAGCACCCGUAAUACUCGGAGCAUCUAUACUGUGA